CACAACCUCCAUUCGUUUCAAGGCCAAAGCACUCACGAAAAGAAGCGAAACACAACCACCAUGUCUUCAGAACCUCUCACCCUUAUCUCAGCAACCCCCUCCCCCUUUGCGCGCAUGAACCGCAUCGCUCUCCAAGUAAAAGGCAUCCCCUUCGAACUCCAAAACGAAAUCCCCUGGGAAUCAAAAACCCAAACCCCAAAAUACAACCCCCUAGAAAAACUCCCCAUCCUCGUCUUCCCCAAAAACGACCCUCGGCCCCCCGUCUACGAAAGCGCACACAUCCAAACCUACAUUGUCGAAAAGUACGCCGACAAGGGCCCAAAACUACUUCCCGGCGAUCUAGACGGGAACCUGAUGGCCAAGCAGAUCGUCGUGCUGAGUGUAGGAUGUAUGGAUGCCAUGGUGCUGAGCCGCUGGGAAUCAAGGCGCGAGAAGGAGCAGCAGAGUCAGAAGUGGAUUGAUCGGCAGAGCAGGAAGGUUGAUGGGGCGAUGUGGGCGUUUAAUGAUUAUGUUGAGGCUGCGCAGAAGGAUGGGAGAGAGUUCGUUGUGGGGGCUGAGUUGACGAUUGCGGAUAUUGCGAUUGUUUGUACGGUGGGGUUUAUUGAUUUUGGGGAGGUGAGGCCGGGGUGGAGGGAGCAGUACCCGAAGUUGGCGCACUACUUUGAUCAUCUAGAUGCUCGGAAAGAGUUCAAGGAGACGAGGCCAGUUAUGUUUGAUCUGACAGAGAAGGUUGUCUAGGUGCUGGUUAGCGGAGUGAUGAGUAUAACGUUGUUGCAACCUAGUUCAGGAAAACGUUCAUGUUUGUGCACAACGUGCCGAACAGCAUAUAUCCACC